CAGUCCCACCAACACGACCGCCACAAAGAGGCGGAGGAGGGCGAAGAGGAGGAGGAAGUAGAGGGAGAAGAGGAUGAAGACGAGGAUCGCCAGGGUGCACCCAAUCUUGGUGAAGCCCAGCUUUCGGUGGCUGAAGAUGUCCACCAACCGAAUGAAGAGGAGUCGAAAUCCGGUGCUGAAGAGCCUCUAAAAGAGUAUGUUCCUCUGUUUGUUAUGGGAGCUGUUUGCGUGGUUCUGAUAAUGCUAGUUAUAUACAGUCGUUGCAUCUGUCACUAGGCACAGAAACAAAUUCCUGUGGAUACAACCACAACCACCGAGUCGGUAGAGGAGUCGCAGCCUGGAGCGGAAACAGAUGCGCCCCUUUCCUCCGCUGACUCGCCCUCCGAUGACAACCACCACCAAAACACCUCCGCCAGCAAGGAGACCGAGGCAUCUUCGCCGCUCCCCGAAAAGCCGGCUGAUCCCGCUUUGGUGGUGGAUGACGAGGGUAGCCUGGAGCAGCGGCCGCCAACAGAGUUGCCGCAGCCCCUUCUCCUCUUUCCGGCCAUCGUUGAUCUCAACAGUCGGAUGCGCAAACUCAUCGCCUACUUCCAGCGCCACCAGCGCGCAGAAUAUCUACCGACGGUGACGGCUCAGCCCUACAUGGAACAGCGACUUAUAAAAUGGUCGCGUCGCGAAGAGGCCGACUUCUAUCGCGUGGUCUCCAGCUACGGUGUGGAACAAGUGAUGAAGGCAGCGGAGUCUGCAACUGAUCCCAGCAGUUCACCUCAACGAAAGAGGAGUCCCAAGAAACGUGUCUUUGCCGGUUAUAAUUGGAAUAACUUCAAGCAGCUGGCUAAUCUCGCCAAGAAGUCGGACCAAGCCAUAACUGAAUACUACAACUCCUUCUUUACCAUGUGUCAUCGCGUGUGUAAGAAGAAGUUGCCUGAAGUGUCUGGACCUGUAGCGCGAGCUCCAACGGACGGAUCGUUCAAUGUGGUAGUCUUGAUACCUUGUUCUACGCAUGCUGGUCCCAAGUACCACAUGUGUCACGUAGGUGUCUUCCACAACUCCACCAUUGAGCCUGUUGCUCUUGUUUGA